AUGGGUCGGAAGCAUGCACCACAGCCGCUGACGCUGUCUGAAUCUCAAGCCUCCUCCGACCAGCCUGAAGACGUGCCACGCUCUGCUGAAACCCUCGCCUCUGCCGUUCCUCCAAGCGCUGGCUCUAAAUCGCAAUCCUCUCCCAGAUCUCCGCGCUCUCCCUUUAGGUUCACUCCGAAAAGGCCCAGCGCAAGUGGCAAGCAGUCUCUUCAGUUGACCGACGAGCAUCGAAACUUUCAAGACCAAGACGACGACGACGACGACCUCGAGCAGUAUCAAGCCAUCUCCUCCGCCCUCCAUCGCGCCUCCGAAGACACGCCCCCUCGCCAGCAUCAUCAGCACAACCCAAUCAGCCCUCGUCAACAACAGCACCGCCCCAACGAGCCAUCCCGAAGACCCUCCAAGGCCGCCGGCUUCUUCUUCAAUUUCACAAAGUCUGCCAACAAAUCGUCCCAUUCUCUCGUCUCCCCCGCGCAGUCGCCCUCACACCCUCAGCGCCAGCACCAGCAACAUCAACAGAGCCCGAUCCAGUACCCUGACUCGAGAGGCGAAAGUAUGUCGAGGGGUCCCGACAAUGCUCCUCCCAUGAGCAGCCAACCCACCCAACCUUUAGAUCCGUCCUAUGCUGAACACUCCGUCCAAAAGCCCGCACCCACCCUGCCGUCCCGCUCCGACGUGUCUUUAGCCUCUGCUGCCGACUACGAUACUUCUCCCGCCCAACCCUCCUCGUCUAAGAAGUCCAAAUCGAAGCCAUUUGGUCUUCUGAGCCGCAGCAAGUCGCUUCGCGACAAAGACGGCUCAAGCUCUCGAGACAAGCAACCUAGCCCGGUGCCCGUAACAAUUGUCGAACCCGAACCGUCGCAUACCUCGACGAGCCGUAACCACUCGCUCAACAACGCCAGCACUGGACCCGAAAGGUCUGCCAGAGAGAUGGUGAACUCUACCGGGCGGAAUCGCUCGGAAGACCGCGCGUCGCCCCGGGAAAUGAGCCACAGGGACAACCAUAGGGAGAAAGACCACCAUCCUCGGCAAAACUCGUCUUCACAAAAUGGUGGCUUUUUCGGAGGACUGAAGAGUGGCAGAGACAUUAUCAGCAACCGGUUAUUCGGCAAGGGUGGCCGUAGUGGAAGCACGACAGAGAGGGAGCCUGUCAUCGACGAUGAGCACUAUACGCUCAAGACAAUCAAUCUGCCUCUCGUCGAGCAGACGCGUCGCACGCGCAUCUCGAAGCGCUUGGAGGAUUCAAGAGACAAGACAGAGUUUUGGAUGCCCGCAUUCCCAUGGCGCGCGAUCGACUACUUGAACUAUAAGGGCUGUGAUGUGGAAGGCUUGUACCGUGUGCCUGGCAGCGGACCGCAAAUCAAGAAAUGGCAGAGGAAGUUUGACGAAGAGUACGAUGUAAACCUCUUCGAGCAGCCGGACCUCUACGAUAUCAAUAUUAUAGGCUCCAUGCUCAAGGCUUGGCUAAGAGAGCUUCCCGAUGAGCUAUUUCCGAAGGCGGCUCAGGAACGAGUUGCGAGAGAAUGCGCCGGUUACGAAACUGUGCCCCCACUAUUGGUCGAAGAGCUGUCGAACCUCUCGCCAUUCAACUACUACCUUCUUUUCGCAAUCACCUGCCACCUCAGUUUGCUCCUGGCGCACUCCGACAAGAACAAGAUGGACUUCAGGAACCUCUGCAUUUGCUUCCAGCCAUGCAUGAAGAUUGACGCAUUCUGUUUCAGAUUCUUGGUCUGUGACUGGCGCGACUGCUGGAAGGGCUGCAAGAACGAGGCAAAGUUCAUUGAGCAGGAAUAUCAACUGUUCGAUCAGCCACCCCCAAAAGGCCUCUCGGAACCGCGCAAGCCCUCUCGUGAGACGAGCGAGGAGCCUGCAGCCCCCGUAGCGCAGGAAGAGCACACUCCUACUACAUUGGACGACCGGGCGGGAUCGUCUUCGGAAAGCAGUAAGCAGUCCAGCGCUGUCACCGAGCAGCAGACCAAGGAGAAAGACAGACGGCUAAAAAAAAAGCCCCUCCAACUUUCUGAGUCAAACGGCAGCGUCGCAUCCAACUCGACAAUGGGUACGACGCUGACGAUUGACAGUGGCCGUGAGCCGCGGGGCUCGAAUGACUUGCGGCCCUUGUCACCCAUCAAACCUCUUUCACCACUCGGUUUCUAA